AUGGCUGCACUAGCGAGUCGUCUUCCGCAUUUGCGGUGCCAGAGGCAGCUCGCGAAUGUCCAAUUGGCCCAAAUGCCUCGGAAGCCGACCAGUCCUCGGGUCUUCCUCCGGACGAUAUCACAGUCGUCAACGGGCACAGCGGAUCCUACGCCAACGACUCUGGUGGAAGCUGGCCAGAUUCCCUAUCAAGGCAUCACACACGCCCGAACGGUACCGGCGACGCCAUCUUACUUUUCCCGAGAACCCCAAUUCAACGACCUCUACAUUCGCAUCUCCAACCUGUUGACGAGAUACCACCACCUUCCCACAGUCCCCCCAGGCGAGGCACCGGUUGUCCCUUGGACCAAGCUCGAUGAGAUGCGGUCGCAGAUGGGGGAGCGCAUCAAGGCGUCCCAUUACGCAAAGGUGAUGCAGGCAGCCAAACGGCUCAACCUCAUCGAGCCGACCCUUCGGCCAGGCGAGGUGAAGAUGGCGCUGCAAGAGUUUUCUCGGGACAUCAACCCGUUUCUGAACAUGCCGAGACCAAUCACCAUUGAUAAAUUUGGUCGCGCCGUCGGUGUCGGCAAGAGGAAGGAGUCGACGGCGCGCGCCUUUGUCGUCGAAGGCACCGGCGAGGUGCUCAUAAACGGCAAGGCCCUCCACGAAGUCUUUGGGCGGGUGCACGAUCGCGAGAGCGCGCUAUGGGCCCUGACGGCAACGGAGAGGCUGGACAAGUACAACGUGUGGGCGCUGGUAGAGGGAGGCGGAACGACCGGUCAGGCGGAGGCACUCACCCUCGCCGUGGCCAAGGCGCUGAUCGCGCACGAGCCAGCGCUGAAGACGGCUCUGCGGAAGGCCGGGUGCAUCACUCGCGAUCCGAGAACGGUCGAGAGGAAGAAGCACGGGCACGUCAAGGCCCGCAAGAUGCCUGCCUGGGUCAAGCGAUAG